AUGAGACUUUGACUUCCCUCCGCCUCCUGGUUCCACAUCAAAUUUCCAUGGCGGCUGAAGCUUCCGAUCCCGAACCUCCUCCCCAGCUUUCUCCUCCUUUUCUGGAAGUAGAGUGCAAACCUUCGAAGAAAAGGAGACGCUUUGCAGCCGGUACGAAGGCGGGGUUCGCAGUCUCUCUGAUAAACAGGAAGUUGAAUAAUGGGCAACCUCUGGCUUUUGCCAUCGAAGCCAUCAAAGAGGGCGAGGAGCCCGUCAGCUUCGGCCCAGAUGUUGCUCUCGUUGACUAUGGCAAUGGCUGGAAGUUGCAGGCGGUCACUGACCUAGAUUAUCCUCCUCCUGGUGUGAUGCUAGGGGAAAAAGUUCCACUGAUAGCUACACCAACCCCGCCUCCAAGGGUUCCAGCUGCGGCACCGGAGAACUCUGAUGGCUCGCGUCCAGGAAGAACGAUAGCUACAAAGCCUGCGGCAAUUACUGCAGGGUACAUGAUGAAGAUACUGGUUGCCUUCAUUUUAAUCUUCAUGCUGGGGGCAGUUUUCACAAUAGCUCUGGAGAAUCUUCCUAAGCUAAUACUUAUGCUCAACUCUAUGUAAUCUGGUGCCUUCAAAUUUUGUGCUUUACUUUAGCUUUUUUUGGUUCCUUGAACAAGGAGUAACCUUGAUGACACACCUUAAACUAAGGAGACAACAAUGUAGUUAUACCAUGUAAAUUGUCUUGCUUUUACCCCACGACUCCUGAAGAUUGAACUCAACUUGAAACAAAACAAAGCUUAAAGCAGAGAAUUGCUUGGAUUUUCCAUUACAUAUCACCUG